GCUAAUAUUCAUGGAAUGAUAAUGAAGAUAAUCUUCUCUGAUAAAUGAUGGUAGACAUCGACUUUACGUACAUUUGACAAGUAAACAAAAUUUUCGUUGUUUAUGAUGUGCACUUGCACCUUAUAUCUUUUGUGUGACAUUUCUCUAUUUAUUUUUUUCUUUUUACAUUUGCGACAAAAGGUUUCCAUUCCUGUGCUGCUAUUGGCCAUUUCUUAUCAGAUUUGCUAUGCUGCCUUUCAUGUCAUCCCUGUCUCUAAUUGACACAAACGUAAACUAUAAAUUUUUCUUACAGAGAAUAUUGCUCGGAAGAUUCAUCUUUUGUUUAAGCUGGGCUGAAUUGAUUUAACUUUUGUGAAUGGUACUUUAAGAAGUAUCUUUGCAUAAUUGACCUAAUAUACUGAAACUAAUAAUGGUUAGACUUUCAUGCACAAGCAAAGAAAGGGAAACGAAACAAGCAUCCCAUGGAAUGUAUUUGCUUUGUUGAGUCAGCCUAACUGUGCACUAAGACUAGUAGUACUUUUAGUGGCUCAUUAUGAAAGCUGUAGUUGCAGCAACAUCUUCGUUGCUAUUCCCCUUUUUGUCCCUCCGCUUACGAAUUUGAUUGUAGCAAAGGUACUCUAUGUCAGAUCUAGGAAAGUGAGGCGGUAGAUCAAAAAACACACAAAC